AUGAUUUUCCAGUUCUGGGUUCUUCUAUGGAGCUCUGGGUCUUCCUUUCUUCUGGCGGAUCUUGGUUUGCAAGAGCCUAGAUCCACUGUCAUCUCAUCGUCGUCGUUGCCACUGAAAAUCCUAGAUCAGGGAGCGGGUGAUGGUUGGGACGACGUAGAUUAUGGCUACGGCGCCGAAGAUGAUGAAGAAGAUGGAUUUGCAGCAGUCGCGCUGCCAGGGUUGUGA